GCCGAGCUAGAUAAUAUCCGCUCCACCAGCUGUGUGCUGCUGUUAGAGACGGACAGGGUUCUGUUUACACCAGUGUGUUUAAGGGUUUCUGGAAAUUUGGAUGCGGCAUUUUCGUACUUGAAGGGAGCAAGACAAACGAGGAGUAACAGUCUUGUCGAAGCCUUCAUGCAAGCAGAACCUUGCAUACAUUUUUGAGCGCCGUCUUCCACCCCUGGACAAUGGAGUUUGUGGAGCUCAUCAAGACCCCCCGGGUGGACAAUGUGGUCCUGCACCGUCCCUUCAUGCCCAAGGUGGAGGGCACGCUCUGUCUCACUGGGCACCACCUCAUCCUCUCCUCCCGGCAGGACAACACCGAGGAGCUGUGGCUGCUGCACUCCAACAUCGACUCCAUUGAAAAGCGGUUUGUGGGUUCAUUAGGCACAAUCAUUGUAAAAUGUAAAGACUUGCGGAUUAUACAGCUCGAUAUCCCUGGUAUGGAGGAGUGCUUAAACAUCGCCAGUUCUAUUGAAACUCUGUCCACUCUGGAUUCGGUCUCGCUGAUGUACCCUUUCUUCUACCGGCCCAUGUUUGAAGUGAUUGAGGAUGGGUGGAACACUUUCAGUCCUGAGCAAGCCUUUAAGCAGAUCGAAUCUUUGACAGAAGAGUGGCGGCUGAGUACAGUGAACAAGGACUUCACGGUCUGUCCCUCCUACCCUCCCCUGGUCACUGUGCCCAAGUCUAUCGAUGACGAGACACUGCGAAAAGUUGCCACCUUCAGGCAUGCAGGGCGCUUCCCUGUGCUCAGUUAUUACCAUAAGAAGAAUGGCAUGGUGAUGAUGCGGGCUGGGCAGCCCCUGACGGGCACCAACGGGCGGCGCUGCAAGGAGGACGAGAAGCUGAUCAAUGCCACUCUGCGCGCUGGCAAGCGUGGCUACAUCAUCGACACCCGCACCAUCAACGUGGCACAGCAGGCCAAAGCCAGGGGGGGCGGAUUUGAGCAGGAGGCACAUUACCCACAGUGGAGGAGAAUCCAUAAGGCUAUUGAGAGGUCUAAUAUUCUGCAGGAGAGCCUGAUCAAGCUGGUGGAAGCUUGCAAUGAUCAGUCCCACAACAUGGACCGCUGGCUCAGCAAGCUGGAGGCUUCCAACUGGCUGACGCACGUCAAGGAGAUCCUCACCACUGCCUGCCUUGCCGCGCAGUGCAUUGACAGGGAAGGGGCCUCAGUGCUGGUCCACGGCACAGAAGGGACAGACUCCACGCUGCAGGUGACCUCUCUCUCUCAGAUCAUCCUUGACCCUGGCUGCAGGACCAUCCGGGGCUUCGGGUCUCUCGUCGAGAGGGAGUGGCUGCAGGCUGGUCACCCAUUCCAGCAGCGCUGUGCCCAGUCGGCCUACUCCAACAGCAAGCUACGCUGGGAGGCUCCCAUCUUCCUGCUCUUCCUCGACUGUGUGUGGCAGAUUCUGCGCCAGUUCCCCUGCUCCUUUCAGUUCAACGAGCAUUUCCUGGUCCUGCUCUUCGAGCACGCCUAUGCCUCCCAGUUUGGUACCUUCCUGGGCAACAACGCCCAUGAGAGGCUGAAACUGAAGCUGCCUCAGAAGACGGUGUCGCUGUGGUCCUGGGUGAACCGUCCCCAGGAGAUGGAGCACUUCCUCAAUCCUCUGUACGAAGCCAACAGCCUGGUCAUCUGGCCCUCUGUCGCUCCACAGAGCCUGCUGCUCUGGGAGGGAGUGUUCCUGCGCUGGAACCGAGCCUCCAAGUGCCUGGAUGAAGCAUACGAAGAGAUGGUGCACAUUAUCGAAUACAACAAGGAGCUGCAAAGCAAGGUCAAUGCCCUGCGCAGACAGCUGGCUGAGCUGGAGACGGAAGAUGGGUUGCUAGAGACACCCUAGCGGAAUGUCAAAAGACUCCCUCCCAAGGAUUUCCUUUAAUAUACAGGCGUCCCCUUCUCUCGUAGGUAUUGCACAUACACUCUCAAACACACAAAAUACACGCAGCACACGUGAGUGCACUCAGGCAUGCCUUUGCACCUGCCUUCCUCUAGAUGUGUGCAGAGCGCUAAAAAACCCUUGCUAAGCGACACCUCAAGCUGUUGAACACACCCAUGCUUAAUGUAGUGUGCAAAUCUAUUAAAAUAACCCACCUUGGUGUAGAUCGGUAGCUGUCGUUUAUAUGCCUAAGAAUCUAGAUCUAUAUAAAAUGUUACAACAACUACAUUCUCUUUUUCAUUUCUUAAAUAAAAUAAACUCAGAAUUGGAAUCAGUGGGUGGUGAAAGAACUUUCACAAAUGUGGCAUUUCUUCACAAAUGAAAAAGACUUUGUAGGUAAGGUGGGGCCUGCGUUGUUCUUGAGGUCAUCAUGAAUCAGCAGAAGUCCUACACCGAGUCAGACGUUCCUUCUGAGAUGGAAAUCAUAGGGCAGAAAGUCAAAUUCCGAGAGCAUGAGUUAUUCAUUGCUGAAGUAACUGAAGAUUUUUUGUGCAGUGCUUAAAAAUGUAAAUCUUGAGAUGUCCUAAUAAAUUUGCACACUUCUGGACAUUUUCAUAUAGGAGCCUCUCCAUAUGUGGUCACACUAAGAAUCCCACCUUUCCCACAAACACUACAGUGAGAGACGGGGCUGGAGCUGCCUGAGAUUGAGAGUUGCUGUUCUGGCUUGGAAGUCUAGAAUUUAUUUACUUGAAUUCUGGCAGCAAAGGUUCAGUUUUGCCUGUUAAUUACGGAUAAAAACUAAAAUACCCUUUACAUAAAAAGGAUAAUUGGUUAAAUUGUCAAUUUAAUUUCUAUAUUGCUGGGAAACUAGGACUUAAAUGUUGAAUGUGAUUAACAUAAUUUUAAUCAAUUUUGAGGAGAACUGGAUCUUUUUUCUUUUUUUUUUUUAAGGCACUGCUUCUCAUUCUUUGAGCCCGUUUCUGUCAAGUUAGACUGAACUGCCUAUUUUGGUCAUAAGCAGUCGCCUCCGUUUUGCAAACUUUUUAAUAAGAAUCAAUGAUUCACAUUUUGACUAGCCUGUACUUGCUGAAACAUUCAGGUGUAUAGUAAGUAAGCAUUGUAAUAUUCUACUUAUUACACAAUGUUCUCCUAAUAUUUGGAAUUGCAAUUGCCAAAUUAAUGCCACCCAUGUGCAUUGCCUCACAGAAUUCUUGCAGUUUUCAGUUCAUGAUUUGAGUGGUUAAUUCACUCAUUUCCUCAAAUCAAAUUUCUUUAACAAUUUGCUCAUUUUGAAAGCAAAUUCAUUUCUGAGGUUCAAUUUUGCAAAAAGGGAGUGGCUGUGUCUUUUUAGUACCUGACACAUUUUGGAACUUGUAGAAGCUUCUGUUCUCAUUGGGAUAGAUUGGUACUUUCCUUUUGGGAUUGAUUGCUCAGCUAUUCUGGACGGAGAUCAUGAAUUUUAAAAGAUCAUUGCAUUUUAAUAUCACCAACAACUCAAUUAUUUUUUUCAUUAAGUGAAUUGUUUACAUUUUAAGUGACCACAAUAGCUGAAAUUCUUAUAGAUAAAUGUUAUUUUUAUUUCAUGAGGUAGUCUCCUUUUUCUUAAUUUUCGAGACGUUACUGUACGUUUACCAGAAUUGCACUGUUGUGCAAGAGUCUUAGGCAUUUUGUAAUUUUCUGUCUUUUUUGCAGAUGCACAAUGUUAUUGUGAUCUUCUGCUGAACAUUUAGACAUUUUGUUAGUUACUUAGUUCAGAUGGAUCCCUCAGUGUUUCACAGUACGAAAAGAUUACUUUAAGCUUAAUGUAUAGAAAAGAGAAAAUGGUGUUAAUGAACUACAAGAAGUUCCUAAAGAUUUUGACCAGGGUGAAUUAAGUAUUGCAAAAUGACAUUGCUUGGCACUAGGCUGUAUUAUAGCCGCCAAAGUCAUUAUUGUAGUACAAUAAGAGCUGCAGUGAAUGUUUUGAGUAAAUUGUUGAUGUUCAUAACAUACAAAUUGUAUUUUGUAACUCUUACUUAUGCCUAAGAUGUUUGACCAGCAGUGUGAAUUUCAGGAAUUCCGUUGUUGCUUUGUGGAAUUUUCCACUGACAGAUUUAAGGUUAAUGUUUUGAAGUAAAUGGUCAAAAGGUGGUGUGGUUCUUAACACUACUGCCUCACAGCUGUGUGGUCCUGAGUUCAGUGCCAGGCUGGUUAGCCUUCUGUUUUGAAUUUGCAUGUUCUUACCGUUUGCACAUGGGUGUUCUCCAGAUGCCCCAGUUUCUUCCCACAGCCCAAAGGUAUGCUGGUUGUUAAUUUAGGUCUCAAAAUUUGCCCCUAUAUUCUUGUGUGUAUGUGUGCCCUGAGCUGGAUUGGAAUCCUGUCCAGGGUGCAGUCUUGUCUCACAACCUGUUAUGUAUAUAGUAAUGGACACUCCACUGAUUUAUGUAAACUAAGGGAACUAAGUUACUGAUCCAUUAAGCGGGUCACGUGCUCAAUUAAGAGAAGUGUGGUUCUUGAGGACUGACUGAUUCAGAUUUCUAAAUAACUACACAAAACGGGGGUGGAAUUGUGGCACAAUAGUUAGAGUUGCUGCCUCGCAGUGCAGGAGCUCUGGGUUCAGUUCUGUACCUGGUGUGCUUUCUGUGUGGAGUUUGCGUUCUCCCUGGGUUUGCCUGGGUGCUCCGGUUUCCUCCCUGAGUCCAGGGACAUACUGGUCGGUUCAUUGGCUUCUGGAAAUAUUGCCCGGGUAUGAGUGUGUGCUUGUCUUUUUUUUUUCUUUUUUUUUUUUGUCUGCCCCGCGAUGGACUGGUGUCUUGUUUAGGAUAUACCCUGCCCUGUGCUCUGGUUCCCUGUGAUCCUGAAUUGGAUGCAGUGGUUACAAAAUAAAUGAAUGGCUUCACAAAAUGUCAGUAGUUCAUAGGUUGAUCUAGGUCUUUAGAAACUGGUGAUUUCUUGGUUAUCCACCCAUGGAACCUGCUAGAUGUGGGAAACUCCCAUUCGAGGGAUAUCUGGUCCAUUCAUGAGCUUAAUGGUGUAGAAACCUGGACCAACCAUUUUGUAACAUCAUUGGGAUUAAAGAAAACUACUGUAUUGAAUUUUGAUUUACCUGUAAAUUGUUUAUGAUUUCAAAAAAAAUCUGAAAAUGUGUCAUUGGAUUUUUUUAAAUUUACUUAUAGUGGAAUUUAUUUUUAGUAAAAUUUAGAUGAGGAUUAAAUUGCUUUAAGUAAUAGUUUGCUUUAAUUGGUGUUUGACACCAUCCACACUCAUGGUUUCUACGUUUCUUUUAAGGGACAUUUGUUCAUCAACCAUUUAGCCUAAUGAUGUAGUAGCGGGUUCGGGUUUUGAAAUUGCAAGAUUUGAAAAAAGUCACUUGUCCGCUUAUGGCUGCAAAGGUCAACCAUGUAUGUUUGUCUAACCAUUUUUUUUUUAAAAACUUGAUGUUAAAAAUUGCUCACUUUUUAAAAACUUUUUCUCAUAGAAAAUUGUCAGUCAACCACUGUAUGUUCCUCCUCCUGCGCUUUUAGAACUAUGUUUCAGUAACAGUGGUUUGCAGUCCAGAGAAAGACCGCAUAUCUUCAGACCUUAAGAAUUAUCCAUCCUGAGAACAGGCCCGUUGAAUAUUAAGAACUUAAUAUUCAUACUUGUAAGAAAAACUGUCACGCUGAGUUAUCCGUGGUCUCUGAGAGCUGAGCUGCAGAGGUAUUUACUUUUCCAGUCUGUUUUUGGUAUAGUUAUUCUGGGACUGUAUGCAAAUACAGGAAAUGUUGUAACUGUGGCUUUUCAAUGCAUUACAGACAGUUUUGUUUAAAGGCACAUCAGAACACUACAAACUGGAAAGAUCUAAAUUCAGAAUUGCACACAAAAUGAAACCUUUGUUGUCAAUUGAGUCCGAAGUAAGAGGUAGGCAUUAAGUCUCUGAAUGUUUGCAUCAUGUCAUUCCGUUCUCCAUGUGUGUCAAAGGAAAAUUAGCACUAGACUAUCACCGGUUUGGUUGAAUCAGGACAAAAGCAGGCAAGCCAGUGGUGCUCAUUUUGAUCACAUUUUCGGAUUCAUUCAUGUACAGAAUUAAGUCUUACUGAAUAUUGUUAGGAAGUAAAGUUUUCUUUACAUUAUUUGAAUGUUGGUGUAAUUACAUUUAAUGCAUUGUGUUUUGUGAUGUCUAAAAUGUGUGGAAUGUACUGUACAAUAAAGGAACAUGUAUAAAGCA